CAGGGUUGAGAUUCAGGCUUCUUGAUGAUCAUCUCGCUUUAUAAACUGGUGCUUCUUCUUAUGUACGAAGCUGGUUUCGUCGAGGCUGAAGUUUGUCAUACACCUUUCGACAGAUUUCCAUCGCCCCCCCCCUAUUUAAGGAGCUUGCUGUCAGAGAGUUCCCAUCCACUCGAACCGCAACGAGCUCAAUCGACAUUCGAGCUCAUUAUAAAUAUUUAUUUAUUUGACCACACAAGCUACAUACCCAGACGAACAGACACAACCCAAUCAGCAACAUGCAGGUCCCACUGAGCUACUGGCUCGUCGUGGCCUUCUUCUCCUUCACCAGCCUUCAUGGCCAAUCGGAUGCCGCCAAACCACCCAAACCGCACGCCAACCUAGACGAGUUCAUCUAUGUCGAGAACGGGGCCUUCCACAAGGCUUGUUCGCCACACUAUCUGGUCUCCAUGAACUAUUGGAGCGUCAUGAACUUGGCCGCAGACGACUCCGUCGGCGGGAACCUCUCCAGAUUCAAGACCGAGGUCCAACAGCUCGCCAAGAUCGGAGUCAACAAUGUCCGGAUCAUGGCCGCCUCCGAGGCCUCUGGCCGUGGUGUUCAGCCUUACAGGAUGUAUCCUGCCCUCAUGGAAUCCCCUGGAAAAUAUAAUGAACAGAUCUUCGUCGGCCUCGACCGAGCCUUGGCCGAGUUCUCCAAAUACAACAUCUCCGUCAUCAUGACCUUGAACAACUUCUGGCAUUGGAGCGGCGGCUACUCCCAAUACGUCAGCUGGGCCACCAACAAUUCCGAGAUCCCCUACCCUCCUUCCUGGGAUCCUGCUUUGAAUCCGCCCUAUGGCGACUACAGCAAGAGUGGCUCGUGGGGAAACUAUGAUCCCAAGACGAACAGUUGGAAUGGGUUCACAGGCUAUGCGGGCCGAUUCUAUAAUGAUACUUCGAUCAGUCAUAUCACCCAAGGAUGGUUCAAGGACCACAUCAAGACCGUCAUCGAUCGAGUCAACACGGUCACCGGGAUAGCCUACAAGGACGACCCGACGAUCAUGACCUGGGAGCUUUCCAACGAGCCCCAAGAUCCGCCCCAAUCAUGGGUCGCCGAUACUUCGGAUUACAUCAAGUCGCUCGACCCUAACCAUCUCGUCACCGUCGGAUUCGAAGGUAAGACCGGCGAAUGGUGGUUCAAACACGUCCAUUCUCCCGAAUCUAUCGAUUAUGCUUGCGGUCAUCUAUGGGUCCAAAACUGGGGCUACUAUGAUCCGUUAGAUUCGAGCGAGAAAAGCCUGAUGAAAGCCGAAGAAUUCGCGACUGGAUUCCUCAGGAACUUGAGUGCCUGGAGUCUCGACCUUCACAAACCGGUGGUCUUGGAAGAAUUCGGGAUGGCUAGAGACGAAUGGCAGAACGUCGAGAAAGGCGCUCCGAAAUCGUUUUACCUAUACGAUGCAAGUGCUACGACGACUCAUAAGGACCGUUACUUCCAGUUCCUCAUCUCGAGCGUGGUCGAGUAUUUUAAGGAAGGGAAAGGCUGGCAAGGAGCUGGGCCUUGGGCUUAUGGUGGGAUUUGGAGACCAACUGAUAAGAGAAACUCGUUUGGUCAAUCGUGGGCUGGUGAUCCACCACAUGAAGCACCAGGAUGGUACGACCUCUACGACACCGACCCGACGCUGAAGAUCAUCAGUGCCCAAGCGCACAACGUCAGCGAGAUCAUCAAAGCCAACCAGCCCGGAUCCCACUCGAGCUGUCGGCCCCCUCGAUCGAAGAAAGUGUUCGCCAAUUCGGCCUCUUCCUCCUACAGCAAAACUCCCUAUCUAUAACCCUGUCUUGCUCAUCCGAGUCCUUCUGCUGCUCAGUCUCUCGAUUUGCUUCGAUCUGAGUCUUUGUACACACACACACGUCAGACCGGUCUUGAAUACACAUAUAUGAUAAUGCUUAGUCUAGAACAGAAACAAACAAAAACAAGAAGGUUGUGUAAUAAGCUGUUGUUGUAAUUGGCGCUCUAUCUGAUUCUCUCUACCUAGUCUUACUCUACAUACAUUGGGCUAAAAUCUACAUGGAGAUAAGAGUUAGUCAUUUUUAUGAACCGUUUUGGUAAUCAAGGACUUCCUUCCAAUCGCGUUGUCUGCUCCAGGGAGAAGAAGGCUUGAGCUUGC